AUGAUAAGAUGUGUCUACACAGUACAGAAGCACAAAAAGCUGAAGACAUGGAUUGACGGCUUUGUAGAGCACAAGGGUAAGAGGCUCUAUCUGUACAACUCUGACAUGGAGAGGAUAGAUAGCAUGCUAGCACCUGCUUUGGAUAAUGAGAUGGAAACAUACAAGUAUCUUGUGUAUAUCGACUCUUUUGAGGAUGUUGAAGAAGACGAAGCAAAGGAUCAAGACCCGACACCAGACAUCUCUGAGUUAUCGAAGAAGGAGGCAGGAGACGAACAUAAGGAGGAGCCUCUAUUACCAAGAGGAAGAUCCGGAGAAGAAAUAAUAGGCCUGUUUGGAAAGUAG